AUGAAGUCACACAGAGCAUCGGUAAUCAUCGUCGGAACUGGCGUCGGUGGACUUGCUGCAGCAAAGACAUACUUGGAAUUAGAUCCUGAAGCCGAUAUCUUGCUUCUCGAGAAGAGAUCGGGUUUGGGUGGAGUCUGGGCCGAAGAGAACUGCUACGAUGGCCUCAAGACCAACAACUUGCGAGGCACCUACGAGUUCACUGAUUUCCCCCUCGAUGAUAGCUAUGGCGUGAAGGAUGGGGAGCAUAUCCCGGGUCUUGUGCUCUACAAGUACAUGACCGACUUUGCUGUCAAAUUUGACAUAUUUCGCCGCAUUCACUUCAAUGUCAACAUCCGCACCAUCGAGAAGCUAGAUCAAGACGGCUCGGAGCUUGUUGGCGAAGACAGCACUGGUUCCGAGAAGCGCCCCGUCCAGGUGUCAUAUCGCUGCGAGAAACUCAUCAUGUGCACUGGCCUUGCAUCGACCCCGAACCCCGUGUCAUAUCCAGGUCGUGAGUCCUUUGGUAAGCCAGUCCUCAAUCACGGUCAGCUCAAGGUGGAGGCCCAUGAAGUAGCCUCAGAUCCUGACGUCAAGUCCGUCACGAUUGUCGGAGCGUCAAAGACAGGCUACGAUGCUGUACAACUAAUGGCUUCUCGUGGUAAGAAGGUGACUUGGGUCAUUCGCGAAUCCGGUGGCGGCGGGGUCUGGAUGUCACCUCCAUGGGUCAAGAUGGGACCUUUCACCCUCCAGCUGGAGCAUGUCGCCACUAUGAGAUUCUUCACCUGGUUUAGUCCCUGCGUUUGGGGGGAGUACGAUGGUUACUCUUGGGUUCGUCGCUUCCUGCACGGGGCGUGGCUCGGUCGAACAAUGGUGCAUCGUCUUUGGGAAAAGAUCCGGAUGGACACCGUCAACUUCAACGGGUACAAGAAAAAUGAAGCAAUUGCUCACCUAGAGCCUUAUGAGAGUUUGUUCUGGUCUGCCCGCGUUGGAGUCCUGAACUAUCCAGGCAAUAUUCACGACUAUGUAACCUCGGGCCAGGUUCAGAUCAUCAAGAAAGACAUCUCGCACCUCUCCAAAAACGGAACGAUCAACUUUGCCGAUGGUACAAGCUACCAGACUGAUGCUUUGAUAGCCAUCACUGGAUGGAAGCUUUCACCAAACAUACAGUACAAGCCUGAUGGAAUUGAAGCGUGCCUCGGUAUUCCAACCGAGAACAUGAGCAGUGAAGAGCUGGCGUUCUGGUCCAAUCUUGACAAAGAAGCCGAACGUGAAAUCCUCCAAAAGUUUCCAUAUCUCACUCGCCCACCUAAGAAUGUCAUACCUUACAAGCAAAAGGUCUCACCAUACCGCUUGUAUCGCGGCAUGGCACCGCCAGGUCUGACGUCGCGAUCCGACAACUCCAUUGUCUUUAUCAAGAUGGUCCACAGCACGGCCAACAUCAUCAUUGCGGAAACACAAGCUCUCUGGGCAUACGCCUAUCUCAACGGCACGAUCGACAUAGACAAGGACAAAGUCUACAAGGAGACCGCGCUAUCAAGCUGUUAUGGUAGAUUGCGCUACCCUUGUGGAUUCUCAGCCUGGUACCCUGAGUUUGUGUACGAUACUGUCCCGUACGCAGACAUGUUGCUCCGGGAUCUUGGUGUCCGCAGUCGAAGAAAACGCACUGCGACACAGGAAGUCUUUUCGGGAUAUACGAUCCAGGAUUAUAAGGGGAUCAAUAGAGAGUGGGCGGAGACAAGGCGCUGCGACGAAGGGAAGAAGGUGAUUUAG